AUGAUGACGUGCCUGGCUGUCGUCAUGGAUGGGCCACGGGCCAAAAAUGGACGACGAUUAUUCGAAAGCUUCGUCGAGCAGAACAAGCUCAGCUUCUGGAAUCGGUCAGUUUUUUUUCCAAAACUUUCUCCUCUUUUUUUUAUUUUCUCUUAUUUGUUCCAUUUUUCUAGUUGAAUUUUGUAUCGAAUGUCAACUUUGAAUGUCUGUAAGUAUUUGAACUUCUCAGUCGUUUCGAUAUUAUAAUACCAUUCGCUGCGAUGCUCAUUUUUUCUCCUCUUCUUUAUCGAAUUCCUUCACAAACUAACUUUCUCAUUCACUGUAAAUUUUCUUUUUUCUCAAUCGACUUUUUUCCUCAUUUCAGUAGAAAAAUUUUUAAAAGUUGAUCUAUAUAACAAAAUUUAUUCUUUUUGGUUUUUUUUUGUGAGAGGCUCCUUGAUUAUUGAAUCAUCUCGUUAACCUAUUUACCAAUUCUCAUUAUUUUUCUUUUUAGUUUAAGCUAAUUUUCUGAUAUUAUUGAGGUCAAUUACGAUUUUUUUUCCAAAGUUUUAUUACUUCUUUUGCUGUUUUUUCGUCAAUUUCUCAUCAACUCUAUUGAGACUGUUUUUUUGCUUCUAUGAAUGAAUUCAAAUUUUUUUCCCUUCUCUAUUAUUAAUGUUAUUCAAAUUUUCUUCUCGCUUCUAGAAAGUUUUUGAAUCCACAUCCGUCCCUCUGACCCUUAACAAGCUGAAAAGCUUGAACUUUUUUUCAAAUUAUCAAUAUUUUUUCAAUGCAAGCUUCAAUAAUCAUUAUUUAUAAGCUAUUUUUGUGCUGUUAUUCUUCAUCAUAUAGCCAUUUUACAAGUGAAGCUCCCCAGAAACUCUCUUCAAAUUCCAAUUCCAGAGAGCUCGUUGCCGCGGCCGACGCUCUGAUCUACAUGGGAUUCAUGCGGCCGAGCACGAUGUUCGUGUCGGCGAGCCACGCUCAUCUGAAGACGUUGAAGGACGCCUGGGCGAGACGGAUUCUGAAGCCGGCCGAGGGCUACGCCAUCGCUUCUCUCGGUCAGUAUUCCCUUCUUUCCUUGCUUUUUGUUCUGAUCUUUGCCUGAGGCACCCCUCGCGCACCUGCUUCUUCAGGCGGGCCCUUUCGUUCUGGGGAUUAGAUUGGCGGUCCAUAAAAGGGCCGCGGUGUGAAACGGCCUUUUGUUCUGGCCAUGUACCCUUUCAUCACUCCCUGUUAAAGGUAUCCAUUACCCGUCAAAAGUACGCCGAACGGCCAAAUCCUUUUUGCGACAGAUGGUUCAUAUGCGGCCAAACUAUUUAGCUCUUUUCGCACUUUUUUGAUUUGAUUUUCAAAUUUUUAGUAACGACACUUCAAAGACGUUCCGAAAAAGAUCUUUUUUGGUUAUUUGGAAGAUUGGAGGUCGAAGUGUUUUCGUUGUUAAGUUAGAUAUUCUGUGCUUCUCAGGUCCCGAAACAUUUUUUUUGUUUUUUCUUCUGGUUUUACUUUUUUCGUAACCAGUCAAUAUUGAUAAGAAUUCUUAUUUCAUCGAAUAUGCGAACAAGUUGAAGAUAAAAAUGAACUUGCUUAAAAACCAAUUUAUUUCGUGAAAAGAACAAGUUUAAUUUCUUAGCGAUUGUCAUAAUAACCUAUUUUGGACUAUUUCUCUUCUUUCAUAUUGAAUUCUAUUUGAAAUGAAUCUCGAAGAGUCAGAGAGAAUACAAUUUAAUUUUUUAUUUCACCUUUCUGCUCAUUUUCUAAGCCAUUUUUUUGCCUUCUAAAAAAAGAAAGUCGAAGUGAACCGUUUUUGGACCUUGUCACAUUUCUGAACAUUUUCCAAAUUCAAAAAAUGUCCAAAAAAGUACUCUUACCACGAAAACGCGACCUUUCCCCGCGGUAAAAGUCAGGCUCUGAGUCAUAGAGAACCUCGGAUCGUAGUACGCUACGCGCCAUUUUCGGGAUGCAUUCCCAAUUUGAACCAUCGCCACUUGCUUCACAUACCCAUCAAAGGGAGCAAAAUGUGCUCGACGAGCUCCCAUUCGCUUCGAAUGCACAAAAAAAAAUAUGGCGCAAUUACUCAUUCCGACGGCUGGCGGCGGUAGUCGAGGGCUUGGUGCGGGAAAAAGGGAGUCAAAUCGACACCUUUUAUUGUCUCAUGUUUGUAAUUUCCCAUGGGAACACCUAGAACAAUGGUAUUCAGAGAAAAUGAAGAAGAAAAUUUUGGUUCUGAGAUCUUAGCAAAGGCAACAGCUUCAAUUUUUGAAAGGAAAAAUUUUGAUGUCGGUAUUUUCAGUCUUUCUCUUCAUUUGUUUAUUUCAGUUAAAAGUUUCUAUAAAAGCAAAGAAGAUAUUUGACCACGAGUAGAUUCUAAAAGACCAUCCGUCAAGAGAACAAGCGCGGGAGCAUGUUGCCAUAAUUGGCGUGCGGCUGCGGAGUCACCUGGCCAGACUCCCAUCGCCAUCAAUUAGGUUGUUCUGGCAUGAUACAUGAGCUGCAACUCGUCUGUAGAGAUGGUCGGAUAGCACUCAAAAAAGGCAUUUUUCUGGCAAGAACUGGGUUAAUCUUCUUGAACGAGCAAUAUUAUUUUUUCUUGUUGCUUUUGAGUUUGAUUUACCUAAAAAGUAAUUUCAGAAUCGGAACUUUUUUUUGUAGAGAUUUGUAUUAUUCCUGCCUUAUGAAGUCUGAAUAUGAGUUAUUGGUUCUUUCAGAUUCUCGGUUAAAAGGUGGAAGUUGAAAGUAUACAUAGGACUGGCGUUUCCUUGAAAAGCGCAAUUUUCGAGCUGUCCGAACCUGUUAACUCGAAUUAUUUUUAACAUGAAUUCGACUCGAAAUCGAUUUUUUUUAUUGACUAGAUGCAUCAUGAAGCUAACUUAGUUACAAAAUUUCUAAAGGAAACCUAAAAAAAAAUCCUAGAAUACUACAACCACAAAAGGCGAAUCUUUGUUUCUUUUGGUAAAGAGUCUUUAAUAAUUUAAUUUCAUUUCUGUAUCUGUCAAUAACCUCACGAAUUUCAGGAGACCUCGGCGCAAUCCAGCAAGUGGAACAGAUGCAUUUCGUGCCCCUGGGCGAUGUUCUCUGCGACGCGAUUGCGCAGCUCAACCGUUCCGGACAGCCGGCUACCGAAAUGAGCGUCCGACAGUACGUCGCGAGGUACUGUCCGCACGUCGCCCCGCCAGGAAUCGAUAUGGUUCGUCCUUUCUUCGAUAAAGUUGGCCUUCUGGCGUUCACUUUCACGCCAUGCUCUCAGAAAGGGAUGAGAAAAGGCACGCUUUGGCGCGCCGGGGAGCCGAAGAUGGCGUCUGGCGACUCGUUAUUACUCGAUUUGGGUUGCAGGUUAAACAGACGGUCAUGUCCCUGGUCGCGACUGGACUCGUCUAUCGCAUGGGCGAACAUCUUUUCGUCUCCGUCCCCACCAACACACCACCUAAGCAUAAGGUGAAAAGAAAGAAGACUUGGGUUGAGAGAAAAGUCUUUACUUUUGCCUCGGAACUCCUAGAAGUAGAUUUGGAAAAGAAAGAGAAACCGCUCCUUCAAAGAAACUUUUAACAAAAAACGACCUCUUAAAAAUUAGGUUAAGUAAUGCAUGUCUCGCUGUGAAGAACUAUGGUCAGUUUUCCUACAUGGGAGGUUAUAUUUACAUUUUUAUUUCUGAAAAAGAGAAGUUUGGCCAAUGAGCUUGCUGAAUUGAAAACAAGCGAACUUUUGAGGAUUCUUUGAACUCGAAAAAAACUUCCAGCUUAAAUAAUUUUAUUUGGACAAGUUUUUUUGUUCCAGACGACAGUCGAAUGCCAGACCGGUACUUCGAUGAUGGCUCCCCAGCCGGGAAAACGGCGAGGCUUUCUGGCCCGAAUCUUCGCCCGAGGCGUCCGUCCGAGUCCGAUGCCGCCAGUUCCGCAUCCAGUCUCCUUCAGCCCUGAAGAAUGCCUGGCGACGCUCCAACCGCAUCGACCGCCAGCCAUGCCGAUCAAGAACAAGUGAGUUUUUUCAGUGAUAGAUAAUGUCCAGUGUGAUCCAUCACACGAUCCAUUUCGCGAAAGUCAAACAUUUCACGCGAAACUGUCAAGAUAGACCUUUCCUUGCCGUCGGCUCGUUGCUGAACCUUGUUCCAUCUGCUCGCACCAUGGUUAAUGGGUUAAUAGUCUCUGAGUUUCACGUUUGUCAACAGGACGACAUCUUGAGGUUAAUUGAUCAAACUGAGGUGCUAAGAGAUCAUGACGACAGGUUGUGACUUCCCAAUGCAACAGUAAUUGAUGAAUUAAUUGAAAAGUUUUCAUUUAUAGGUACUUUUUUUGGUUGGAAAUCCUCGCUUUCGAAGAAGUAAGAAAAAAACUCGAUAUCCUUUCUAUUCUUAUGAAUAAAAAAAUUUAAUAAAAGUUUCUAUAGUUUUGGCUGUGAGUUUUUUUGAGAAUUAAAAAAACGGUUAAAAGGAAAAAAAUUUAUUAUUUCUGUAAAUGCGCAUUUUGUUAGAUACAAAAAAAUAAAUUUCACAUAUUUUUUUAUCCCUUCUCACUGAAACGUAUCAAAGAUUGAAACGGGUUUUUUUAAAAAAAUAAUUUUCAGUUUUCGCUUUAAAAAAACAUGAAAUAUGUGUCAAACAGGCUUUUCGGUAAAUGCUUUCAAAUGACAUAGUUUUUAAUGCAUCAAAUAAACUCUCAAAAAAUGCUUAAAACUUUCUCGAGGGCCCUUGAACGGUUGUCCUCAGUGCGGAUCGGCGUCGCUCAAAUUACAGUGUAUGGUUCUUUUUGGCUUGGCGUGGCGCGUCUAUUAACGCCGAGCGAGCUCUUCGAAAAAAGAAAAGUUGCGCCACCGCACGAUAAUUGAAGUGUUGCGUAGUGGAUGCGUCCCAAUAUGAUACGCCGCUUACAAUUAUCGGCUUCUCGUUUUUCGCCUUUGAUUGGCUCCGUAUUGCGGUUGGACUUACCUUGAAAAGCGCUUCAAAAAGUUCAUAAAACCUCAAUAAAGCUUCGAAAAAAUUCAUUACGAAUGAUGUUUUUCAGAUUUCCAACCUACCACGAGAAUCUGGCGAGAGAGUCUCGACCGCCUCUUGAACAGCGCCGUCGCCGUCGCCGUGAGCCCAAACUUCUGAGCUCUUCUUCGGAAUGCCUCAACUACGGACCCAUCGACCCUCCCGAAUACCUGCCAGCUGGUCGGUUGGAAGGUAAAACCAUCUUUUCUUUUUUGGUACUGAAUUAAAAGUUUUCAGUUGUUGAUGACAUAACGAAGAGAAGAAAAAGGGUGGCCAGAACGACCCAGGUCCGUCGCCGGGACACCAUCGCCCGAACUUCCACGCCGAUUGAAACCGAUUCGGCCUAUUCUCCGUCUCCUGUGCAUUCCAAUGAGGAGGCCGCCUCUCUCAGUGAUCCGGAGAUUUUCAAGGUUUGUCAGAAAUUUUAACAAGACUUUUCAGAAAGGAAAAAGCGUCAUAGACAAAGCGUCAUAGAACGAAAAAUUUUGAUCAGAAAAACAAUUUAGAACUUCGCAACUUUUUAAUCUUUCGAAAACUAUCGUUGUACACUCAAAAUUACCCUAGAAGACUGAAACUGCAAAAGAUCCUAAAUUUUGAGUAACAAUAUUUCUGGCUGAAACUUUGAAAGAUUCUUUUAGAAAUAAAAAAGAAAUUUGUAAAAACUUGGUCUAUAAUAAUAUUUUCAGAUUAAUCACGAUGACGAUCACACGUACAUGAACCUGGUGCAGAACCACUAUGAAUCCACGCAGUUUGAAGAUUUGACGGCGGCCCUCGCUGAAGACUUGGAACGAAUUUCGAUGCAUGCGGCCGGAGUUCAUGUCUCCAAUUUAUAA